AUGCAGCGCUUUAUUUCCAGCCUCCUCCUGGUGGCAUAUGUUGGGAUUGUGUCCGGCGCGGCAGAAUUGACUCGGGGCAAGGUGUUUGACCGCUUCAUCACCAUUUGGCUCGAAAACCAAGACUACGCCAAGGUCGUUGUCGACAGCAGCAUCGCCGAUCUGAAGCGCCAGGGCAUUCUGUUGACCAGAUACUACGCCCAUACCCACCCUAGCCAGCCUGAAUUACUUCGCUGCCAUCCGCCGGCGACUACUUCGGCAACAAUCACGACGACAGGCUUCCGCCUGCCCGAGAAUGUUGCAACCGUGGUCGACCUGGCUCGAAGGACAAGAACAUGGGACUAUGUCAGGAAGCACAACCCAUUUGUGACCUACGACAGCGUCACCAACCAGGGGGAGCGGCUACUAAGGCUUGAGUCCUUCGACGACUUCCAACGGGCAUUCGCUGCCAAGCAGGUGCCGCAAUUCGUCUUCAUGACGCCCAACAUGAUGAACGACGGCCACAACACGACACUUGAUUUUGCUACGAAGUGGUCGCACAAGUUCCUCCAGCCGUUGCUCGCCGAUAAGGCCUUCAACGAGCGGACGCUGAUCUCGCUCACCUACGACGAGUCGGAGACGUACACCGAGCCCAACCACAUCGUCACCCUGCUCCUGGGCAGCGCCAUCCCGCCCGCCCUCAAGGGCUCCCAGGAUGACACCUUCUACACCCACUACAGCAUGCUGUCCACCCUGCAAGCAAACUGGGGCCUGCACAACCUGGGGCGGUACGACGUGGGCGCCAACGUCUUCAAGCUCGUCGCCGACAAGGUCGGCUACACGGCGAACAAGGACCCGGAGAAUCUGCCUACCAAUCGUUUUCGCAAGGGCCAAUUGCCCCCGGAGACGAUGCCGCAUGAUGGCGCGAGCAGCGGCGCCGUGGCGGAACCGAUGGUGGUCGACGCAGGCGCGGCCGGACUCGAGCAGAGCCGCCACCACGCCCUCGCCAACCUCAGCGACAAGCCACCAACCGCGCCGCGCAACAACGACGAAACCGCUGCGACUCAAGUACGAACGGGAGAAGACAUCUACGAAGAGAAGAUCAGACAUUUCGUGGUCAAAGUAACGAAAACGAACAACUAUUGGGCUGGGGAGGCUGAACGAGUUCCGGCUGGCGGUAGAGCUGGAAAAUGA